AUGGCACCGAAAACGAGAAGGGGUGCUGGCGACACUGAUUCUGGAUCUGAUUCUGAUAGCGGUUCAAGUGGUAGUCGCAGCAAAAGCCCCAGUCCUGCACCAUCUGGUAAAGAAGGAAGUCAGUCUAGAUCAGUAUCAAGAAGCCCAGCAAAAUCGGGAAGUGAAUCUCCUAAAUCAAAUAGAUCGGGUCGAUCAAGAAAAUCAUCAAAUGCUUCGAAUGAGUCUCGCAGUAAAUCAAACUCUCCAGCCAAUUCCAAUAGAUCAGGUUCUGCACGUAGCAACAAAUCAGGAUCUUCAAGCCCAAAAUCUCAGGCGUCAGGGAGUCCAAGAGCAUCAAAAUCUAGAUCUCGAUCUAGAAGUGGCUCUGGAAGUGCUAGGUCUCGAUCAGGAAGUGCUCGAUCGCGUUCAGGAAGCCCGAAGAGCCAAAAAUCGCGGUCACAGAGUCCAAAAUCAAGGUCGCAGAGCCCAAAAUCGGGAUCUCAGAGCCCCAAAUCAAGAUCACAAAGCCCUAAAUCUAGAUCACAAAGUCCAAAAUCCAGAUCACAAUCUCAUUCUCCGGGUCGUAAAUCCAAAAGUCGGUCUAGAUCAGGUAGUGGCAGCCCUAAGAGUAGAAAAUCUCGAUCGAGGUCAGGAAGUGCUUCAUCAAGGUCAAAGAGUCCAGUAGCCAGACAGGAUGUUGCUGAUAGUCGAUCUAACUCUCCAAACUUGAUGAUAGAUGAUGGGGAAGCUAAAGAAAAAUCUAGGAGUAGAUCCAGAUCAGGUUCAAGACAUUCCAAGUCAAGAUCAAGAAGUAAGUUAAAGUCUAAAAGUCGAUCAAGAUCUCGUUCAAAAAGCUCUAAUGGUUCAGCUGCUGAUGGUGAAAAGAAUAAGCAAACAAUUGGCUCCGACUCGGAGAGUGAUACUGCAUCUAAAGGUGCCUCAAAACGUAAGAAAGGCUCAGACAGUGGCUCAGAUACAAGUAGUAAGCCAACUAAAAAGAAAUCUAAGAAACUGGUCGAUUCAGAUGAUGAGAAUCAGGAGAAAACUGAUACAGUGACAGCAGAUGCGUUGUUUGGUGACGCAUCAGAUAUAAGUACGGAAGACGAAGGUGACAAGCAAUCGAAUCGCUCUCGAUCGCGUUCGCGAUCACGAUCACGAUCGCGCAGCCAAAGCCGCGGCAGAUCUGAUGAAGAACGGAGGUCUGGUGAUGAGGCGAGAGGCAGCGGUGAUGAGGAAAAUAAAGAAAAACCUGAAGAAGAAGAGGAAGUGGAAAUACCUGAAACUCGUAUUGACGUUGACAUGCCCAAAAUUUGGACGGAGCUAGGCAAAGAGCUACACUUUGUUAAGUUACCCAAUUUCUUGUCAGUUGAGACGAGACCCUAUGACCCCAAUACAUAUGAAGAUGAAAUUGAUGAAGAGGAAACCUUGGAUGAAGAAGGUCGAGCUAGAUUAAAGUUAAAAGUAGAAAACACAAUACGUUGGCGAACAGUCUUUGAUAAAGAAGGCAAUGCGGUGAAGGAAUCAAACGCUCGUAUGGUGAAAUGGUCUGAUGGCAGUAUGUCUCUGCAUCUUGGCUCUGAAAUAUUUGACGUCUACAAACAACCCUUACAUGGUGACCACAACCAUCUAUUCGUACGGCAAGGUACAGGUCUACAGGGUCAAGCUGUGUUCCGUACAAAGUUAUCAUUCCGACCACACUCUACCGAUUCAUUCACACACAGAAAGAUGACACUGUCUGUCGCAGACCGGUCAACUAAAACCUCUGCUAUUAAGAUUUUGUCACAAGUCGGUAGCGACCCGGAUGCAGAUAGAAAAUAUCAACUUAAGAAAGAGGAGAUGGAGCUCCGCGCCGCCGCGCGCUCGCGCUCGUCCGGCCGGCCCAAGCGCCGCGCCGCCGCGCGCGCGCAGCGCCACGACGACUCGGAGGACGAGGGCGGCGUGUCGCUGGCCGCCAUCAAGAACAAGUACCGGCAGGGCCAGAAGGCAGGCGCUGCAAUAUACUCAUCUGAAUCGGACGGUUCCGAUGUGGAAACUCGUCGGGCGCGUAAAUUGGACCGAGCGAAGGCUCUCAAGGAUUCUGACGAUGAAGGAAGCGAGGCUGGUGAAGCAAAUACUCCUCAAAGGAGUCAGAGCGGCUCGGGGUCGGGCAGCGGCAGUGAAUAAUAGAAGAAUAUUGACUGUUGUAUAUACUUUAAUUGUAACUAAGUUUACUUUUAAACUUAAAUUUGUAUUGAUUACUGAAAAUAUAUUAUUAAAAUUUGA